AUGGGUGUGCCUGGUGUUGCCAGCUCCGCCGACUCCUGGGCCGACUCCCCCGACAAGGGCAAGGGCAAGGACACCGCUGCUGCCGACCCCUGGGCCGCUGGAGCUCAGAAGCUUGCCGCGUUCGACCUCCCCGCACACCAGCGGAAGAUGGCCGACCUUUCAGCCGACCCCAUCUCAAACUGGCGGACAAUGAAGCACAUAAUGAAGACGGCGGCGCGCAAGGCUCGCGGCACCAUCACCUCCGUCUCCGCCUCCGAGAUUCUGCCGUUCGAGAGCCGAAAUGAAGACCCACAAGUCAUAGCUGAGGCACGUGCACUCACGCUACGCAGUAUUGCCAGGGCCGUCUGGUACCAAGACCUCGCUCUUGCCCAGCGACUUCGAGAGGUCACCAUUGCUGGGGCGCAGCACAUCGACAUCAGUCGCCACAAGAUCUCGCUAGUCUGCCGCAUCGCUUUCGAGACCGAGCACUCCGCCAUGCAGCUCCAGCCACACCUGGCGAACUCCACGGCAUCGAUAUUCUGGCCUGUGGUCAAGACCUUGUCAGGCGCGUGGACGGCAUCGCACCGCAUGCACGUCGACCCCCACAAGAAGAACUGCCUAUUCGGCUCCGACAAAGACUCGCAGGCCAAGAACACGGACGACAUCAGCCACUACAUUUCGCGCCCGCGAAUGUGGGCGCUAUUGGCUCAACCUCGGGGACACCCCGCUGGUGAUGUCCUUACACGGCUCGGCCUCAACAAGAGCAGCAACAUCGACGAUCACCCGAAGCACACCAUCACACGCAUUGCGGUCGCCUUCCGCACAUACAACAUCCUGCGGGUGCGCUCCGAGCUGAGCUUGCCCGCCAUCAUCGACGAGCUCAAGUGCCACAAGGAGGUGGUCGCUGCCGCCAGACGCGUCCUGAGGUUGCCGCGGUGCCUCGAAGGCUGGCUCCCGCUCGCGGCGGGCCUCGGCGGCGCCAGCGGCACGGCCGCGGCGAGAAAGGUUCGGGCGAACAUCGGGAUCAACAGCAUGUCCGCUCUGAUCUCGUUGACGGUGCCCGCUGUCCUGCCCUGGUCGCCGGCGUGGCCCCACGGCGUGGACGCUCCCGCGGCCGGGUCCGGCCGCGUGCUUCUGCUGGCGAGGGCCGUGGCGCGCGCCCUGAUCACCUGCGUCCAGGCCGCCAACGACCGAGACGUCGACAAGUACAUCAGGAGCCAUAAGCAUGGCAGGCAGUGCGUCAAGGCUGCCGAGGAGGUCGAAACCAAAGUUGGCUUCUUCGACGACAAGAAGAUGAGCUCGAAGCAGCAGAAGGCGGUGGCCGCCGCCUUGGUCUCGCGCGUGCAGAGCAUCACGGGGCAGAGGUGCGACUGGGUCCAGGAGAAGUUGUACAACAAGAUGGUUGGGAACUCCGGCCCAUUCGGGUCUGAAGGCAUGGGGGCCACCGACGCGUGCGCCUACGUGUUGCAGCAGGUGGACGAGGUAUGCAGCAGCGAUCCAGAGAAGUGCAGCGGCGGGAGAAAAACUGAAUUGUGA